GAGCCAAACACGAGCUAGCGAGAUCCUUUGGCCUAUGCACUACUCGUGUACAAUAACUCAACUCGGCUUUGCACUCCUAGACAUCGUGAUUUUGUCUAACUUUGUCAAAGGGUAAAGUCUACAAAACUUAGUCCACUCUGUUCAUAACAUAUUCUAGUUUUGGGAAAAUAAUAUUGGAUUGAGAUCAAUUGUUUAAUUAAUCGAUGAGAAGACUUGCAGAAUCCAGGCCAAACUCCAUCUCCUUUCAACUUCUCCCACUGCCGGCCUUCCUCUCACUACCAUAUGUGGUAGUGAGAGGAAACACCAAGCGGAUGCUUCAUAUUUAUACAUCCAGUGAAAUGUCUGUCUCAUUGUUCUAUCUGUGGUGUCCGCUUCACGAAGAAUAACCCUUCCUCCUUUCUCUGGUGGUGACUUUAUUAAUACAGGUGGCAGUGAGUGAGUCGGAACGAGUCAACGUAGCCAGCUAGCUUCGCCGCCAGAUAAGUUGAUAUAACUUUGCAAGCUAUGAAUAUCACUCGACGGUUCAUAAGCAAGUAGAUUAGCUAGCUUGCUCAUUUGCUAUCUAUCUAAAGUAAUUAUAAGGGUACUGUAGCACUGAGAUAUUGGUAGAUCGUUAGCAUGCUAGUGCAACCACACAUCAGCAGGUAGGUAGCUAGCAUUAGCGAACUAUUAAGGAAGCCACUGUUUCCAUCUUAACUGAGGAUUUCACGGCGGAAAAAUUUGAAUUGUUAUCAGUGAAUCCGCGCUUUCAAACCAAAUCAGAAAAAUGUGGUCGAAUCCUCAGAACCAGAACCAACCGGCGUUUCCGAACCAUCAACAACAGCAAGUGCCAAAUCUGAACUCUGCUCCCUUUCCUCCGUUUUUCGCCAAACCACACAACCCUCUUCAAAUAAAAAAGAAUGCCAUAACUGACGACUACAAAGUUACAAAUCAAGUCCUUGGUAUGGGCAUCAAUGGGAAAGUAUUGGAAAUAUUCCAAAAAGGAAGUGGAGAUAAAUACGCUCUGAAGAUUCUGCAGGAUUGUGCAAAGGCUCGUCGGGAGGUAGAGCUCCACUGGAGGGCAUCGCCCUGCUCUCACAUCGUACGCAUCAUGGACAUCUACGAAAACCUCUACCAAGGCAGGAAGUGCCUGCUCAUCGUCAUGGAGUGUAUGGAUGGAGGUGAGCUAUUCAGCCAUAUUCAAGACCGGGGGAACCAGGCAUUCACAGAAAGAGAGGCCUCUGACAUCAUGAAGAGUAUAGGAGAAGCUAUCCAGUACCUGCAUGCCAUUGACAUCGCUCACAGAGACAUUAAGCCAGAAAAUCUGUUGUACACUUCCAAAAAACCAGAUGCACUCCUCAAACUAACCGAUUUUGGGUUUGCCAAAGAAAUCACCACACUCAACUCCCUGGCAACGCCAUGCUACACACCCUAUUAUGUUGCCCCUGAGGUUCUUGGUCCAGAGAAGUACGACAAAUCCUGUGAUAUGUGGUCUCUGGGUGUUAUCAUGUAUAUCCUGCUGUGUGGAUAUCCUCCCUUCUACUCUAACCACGGCCUGGCCAUCUCCCCUGGGAUGAAAAAGCGCAUCAGGAACGGACAGUACGAGUUCCCCAACCCAGAGUGGUCUGACGUGUCAGAGGACGCCAAACAGUUGAUCCGUCACUUACUGAAGACUGAGCCCACCCAGAGGAUGAGCAUCACAGAGUUCAUGAACCACCCCUGGAUCAAUCAGUCUAUGGAGGUCCCUCAGACCCCUCUCCAUACCAGUCGCGUGCUGCAGGAGGAGCAGGACGUCUGGGAGGAGGUCAAGGAGGAAAUGACAAGUGCCCUGGCAACCAUGAGAGUGGACUAUGAGCAAAUCAAAAUCAAGACCAUCGAGGAUUCGACCAAUCCGCUGCUGAUUAAGAGAAGGAAGAAAGCAAACAAUGCAGCCACUAAACCACCGGGCCUAUGAAACAAAAUAACUUACACCGCACAUGCCCUUCCAUGCGGUGAAAGAGAGCUGAUAGGGCAAACAGGGAUUAUUUAAAGGGUGAAAGUCUGAAUCUCCAGAAAUAUUACUUUUCCAGUUUUUUGAACUUCCUUUUUAGUUGUUUUAUUCUCAUCGUUUUACCCCAUUUUAAUGUUGUUUUUUUCCCCCACCUUGCCAUUCAAGGUAAAGAACCAUUUUGUUCAUUUGCUUUUUUGUCCACAUAGAGAUCAGAUGUUUAUCGUCACGUCUCGGUGAUGUACUGGGUUUUUCUGUCGUUGUUGCUGAUCACUGCAAGCUGACUGCACUGUAACUAAUCCAGUAUCUUGACCCAGCUCUGUUCUGUGUUUUAUCAUUGUUGAUUCCCCUCGGUAUUGGCCACAUGUUUUUCUAACUUUAUCUGUGGGUCUUCAGAUGAUACUGCCAUGAAAACAUUGAAUGCUUCUCCAGUUAUACUGUGGAUCCAUAAUAUUUUUCUGCUUUGCACUGGUUAACUCUACACAAUGGAGGAAGCAUCACUUUUCUUUGUUUAAUAGGAUGCCCUUUAGUUUCUUCUUCCUUUAGUUGUCAUUCAUUUUAUAUACUUAUUAACACCUCACACCAACAAUAUACAUGUUCUAUUUGUUGUGUGGGGUUUUUGUUGCCCUGAACUCUCUGAUUUUGUUUUGAUUGGACUUCUAAGUUGUAUGACUGCAGUUGACUGUGUUUUCAUUGUUGGUUGGGUUUGAUUUCUUAGCCAACGCACCCAUAGCCAAAGUUAUAGUCACCAUAUUUUUUUUUAGAGUGGACUGACUGUUUAGAAAGACUGUGCCUUGAGGACAUUGGGAAAAAUCCUUACUUGAUAUUUGUGAGCCUAACUUUUCACACACAUCUAUCUCCCAUUGAGGUUAUGCAUGAUUGACACAAGUUCAAGGUCUGUGCACUAAUCUCAAAUUUAAAUUUUUCCCAGUGUGAUGACAGUGGGGGAAUAUUCAAGCCACUUUGGCUGUAGCAAAUGUACAUUGUUAUCAAAUAUCCAAACCAUGAGAUCACAAAAUCACCACAUCCCACAGAUGUUGUAGCCUACUUCACAAUUAUCCUGAUUGCAAUUGUUUAAAUAUAUUUUCAGUGAAUUCCCACUAAUGAACUAUGCAACACAAGUGUCACUAUUAGUUUCCACGCAGCAGCAAUAAUGUUUUGGGUUUCUGCUGUGUUAGGUGAUGGGGAACACUGAGUGUAAGGGCACCAUUGUAAUGCAUAGUGGUAUGGCAGUACACAUAUGACAUGUAGCACUGGCUGUCUUUUGGAUUAAAACUUGUAUAAAAUCCCUUA